AUGGCGCGAUCCAAACCCUUUGUCCUCUUCUUCAACCCUAUCAAAUACGCCAGGCCGUUCUUCGAGAAGCUCCAGCAGGUGGCGCAUACCGAGGUCGUAACAAGCAAGAACAGAGCCGAGUUCUUCCACGAUCUCCAACACAAGUACAAGAACAUUUUCGCCAUCUACCGAAAUUCAUCUAGUGGAGCCGUAGCCGGCAAAUUCGACGCCGAGUUUAUAAACCAGCUACCCCCAAGCUGCAAGUACAUCUGCCACAAUGGCGCUGGCUACGACCCGAUCGACACAACCGCCUGCUCCCAGCGCGGUAUCAUCGUCACCAACGCCCCCGACCCUGUCACAGAUGCAACCGCAGACCUAGCUCUAUUCCUCCUCCUCGGCGCCCUCCGCCAGGUGAAUCCCGCGCUGGCCUCUCUCCGCGCGGGAACAUUCAAAUCCGGCGUCCACGUCGGGAAUGACCCCCAGGGCAAGGUCCUCGGUAUCCUGGGUAUGGGACGCAUCGGCCGCGCUAUCAAGAAACGGUGCGAUCCAUUCGGACUCAAGACCGUGUAUCACAACCGCUCGGAACUGCCCGCUGAGCAAGCAGGAGGUGCUGAAUACGUCUCCUUUGAAAGAUUACUAGCUGAGAGCGACGUGAUUAGCGUCAACGUGCCCCUGACUCCAGCGACUAGACAUCUUAUCGGCCCGUCGGAGCUGGCAAGGAUGAAGCGUGGUGUUGUCAUUGUGAAUACAGCGCGGGGCGCAAUCAUUAACGAGGCGGCCGUGGCGGAUGCGCUUGAAAGUGGACAUGUUGGUGCUGUGGGAUUGGAUGUUUAUGAGAAGGAGCCGGAGGUUCAUGAGAAGCUGUUGAGGCAGGAAAGGGCUCUGAUGGUGCCGCAUGUUGGGACGCAUACGGCUGAGACGCUGGCGAAGAUGGAGACUUGGGCGAUGGAGAAUGUGCGCCGGGCGAUUGUUGGUGAUGAUCUGCUCUCGCCUGUUCCUGAACAUCGAAGGCAGAGUAAAGUGUAG